GUGGAGAUUAAAUCAUUUAGAACAUUUCCCCCCACAUUUUUUAGYGCUUUUUGCGAGMAGUUGGAACCGGAAAUACGUCACAACUUAAAAACUCUUAAAAUCCAUUUGGGUUGCCUUUGGAUGGCAUUUGGCGCGAGACUUCAAGAAGGAAAGUAAAGAGUAUAAAAGCUGGAAAAUGAAAACUUUUACGCAUCAGAAUUGAAAUACUGGACCGUCUAUCCUCCUACUUGAACAUGUGGAGCUUGUUUCCCAAGAUCUCAACCUCAAAUAGCCAAGAUUCUGUUAAACUACUCACUGGAAAAGAAUAYAUCGUAGGGAGAAAAGAUUGUGCAGUAUUGAUCAAGGAUGAUCCAUCAAUCAGUCGCAAGCAUGCUGUAAUCACUGUCCAACAUGAUAUCUCUAACUUGGGAGAUCCCUCUAAGAUACCAGAAGUAAUGCUUACAGACAAAUCAAAGUAUGGAAUAUCUGUUAAUGGUGUCAAGAUUACUCAGCCAACUAGACUCAAUAAUGGUGAUGAAAUACUCUUUGGCAAUCAUCAUAGCUGUUAUAGAUUAACUUACACUCCCUUGGUAGUGGUCACUUCAUGUCUUGAUAACACUAAGAAGAAGCCCCUCAAGAAACAGAUUCAUUUAUUAGGCGGACAUGUUUUAAAUGAUUGGAAAAGUGGAUGUGUGACUCAUUUGGUGAUGGAUGGGCUGUUAUUCACAAUAAAGGUUAUCCAUGCUCUUGCUGACUGUUGUUCCAUAGUCACACCCAGCAUCUUUAAUGAAAUCGUGMAGGCAAUUGAAACAUCAAGUGGGUUACCUAUGCCAGAAGAGUUUUUGCCUCCUCUUAAAGAAGAAUCAAUCAAGUCUGAUGGACCUCURUUUCUUSCUAAUAACAGAAGAAAAACCUUGUUUAGUGGAAAGACUUUUAUAUUUCUUAGCAACAAGCAAUACAAAAGAACACAUGCAGCUAUCGAGAUGUGUGAAAGGGAAAGCUACCCAAUGGAUAUGAAGCAGUGGAUUACACAAAUAAUGGAUUUCUUGAAAAAUCACGACAAAAGACCUAUYCCUGAAUCAGAGCUUGGUUUGGCAAUUUUACAAAUGACACUCACAAACUACUGUAAUCCAGACAUCGAUGCAGUGCCAGCGUUGACUCAGAACAUUGUCUGUCAGUCACUAAAUGUCGGGCUGGACGAAACGUCGCAAGUCUUUUCACCGCAACACAAAGCACAAGCUAAUCAGAAAAGUUUUAAGAAGCCCCAGUACCCAUCUGAGGGAGAAGAUGCUGACAAGACGCCUGAUAUAGUGUUUCUUAGGACUACUGAAGCAAAUCAGUCAAGCACUACAAGCAAAGUUGCCGAACCUGAUCACAUUUCUCCAGAACGUGGUACAAAAAGAACGAAGAAACAUGUUUAUGAGGGUGYCGUUUUAGAUACCGAGGACAAUACACCCAAGGCACAAAAAUCUAGACCAGACGUUAAGAUAAGUCCUAUACCAGAUACCUUAAAUAUAAGCGGUAAAGACACGAAUGUCUUGGUUGUAGAGACUCCUAUCAAAGAUACUAAGGAGAGGUGUUCAUUAUUUCCAAGCACUGCAGAGAAAAAGAGUGUCRUCCCAGAUAGCGAGGGCCUUGAUUCUAGUAAAACAACUAGAGGACUACCUGAAACUCGGAAUGAAAAUUUGGAUGGGAAAAUAAAAGGAACGUCAAUGGAAAGAGGGUCCUUAAACACUAGCAAAUUAGAUUUCAUUCCAGAUAGUAUGGGAAUGGAUGUCAGUUCCUUGGCACCACAGAACGGUGUUAAUAGUUCCCAACACGAUAAGGAAGAAUCUAAAUGUAGACCACCCAAACGAACAAGAGUGUUAGAUAGUACAGAGGAAACGGAAAGUCAAAAAGAAGAUAUCCCUACGAAACGAGCUAGGAAUGAAUCAGUUUUCAGGUCACCAGAGCAAGUACCCUCUACUGAAGGAUAUAGCAGUUAUGAUAACAAGAAAGGAGGUUUUGAAGACGAUGAUGAUAAUACUAAAGAACAGCUGUUCGGAAACAUGGAUGAGCUUGAAGAGAAUGGAGCGCAAUCGGAUAUUAAACCUGUGUUACCACGGCUUGAGGAGAGAGUUGGUGGAUUCCUGUGUACGAAAAUACUCGGAAGGCAAAUAAAAACAGAAGUUGAAGACGACGGUCUACCAAGAAACCUAGUUGUCGUAGAUGUGGUGUCUCUUCUUGUCCGCAAACCCAAGGCACAACAAGCUGCACCUCCAACACGAGUUACUGGGAAAAACUUUAAGAAGUUUAGAAAGCAAUGGUAUGCUGGAUGUGAAAGACGAUUUCCUAAGAUCAUCGGUGGUAGUGACUUAGUGGUACAUCAGACAUCUACCGGCAUUGAUCAAGAGGACUGGUUCAUUGAAGCAAGAGAGGCCAACAAAGAACAARACAGAAGAGACAAGAUGGAGGAACAGCUAUUUAUGUCAGACGCAGGCUUGCCUCAAGGAAGAAAACGCCGAGGAAGAUAAACGUCCUGUACCGUUGUCAUGCCAGCAGUAGUUCCAGUCCCAAACAGUGUUAUAUAAACCAAUCAGGACCAAGGGUCCGAGGUUUUUGUUGGAUUGAGAAGAAAGCAAUACUACAAAAAAGAAGAAAAAAUAAAUAAAGAAAUAAACUAAGAAAAAUUAAGCGGACGCCUUCGGGACUUUGCCUGGUGUUCGCUUAAUGUAGGCUCGUUUUUGACAGUAAAUGUGGACUGAAAAUGUG